CACUGAGGGAACUAAAUAGCUAAGUGCUGGGCAAAGUUCCAAUAGUUCGAUUCAGGGAAUAGUCACUUUUGAACGAGUAACAAAACAGAACAGGCUUUCAAGACGCCGACAUAUUCAAGCAUAAAACAAAUUAAAUUAAUAUUUAAUUAAAUAAAUAACAAAAAUGGUUUACAUCCAUUUCCCCUCGAAUUUAACCGAAGAGGAGCACAUGCUCCAAGCUAAAUAUCAAAAACUAAAGAAGAAGAAAAAAGCCCUGCAGCAAAUGAAAGCACCCAAACAGGAGCCGGAGAAACCAACCCUAAAACGUCCCACAGACGCUCGUGAUGCCCGUGAAGUUGCCCGCAAGCUUAUCAAGAGCGGUGCUAUCCCAGCUAUACAAAAACAACAAACCAAACAAGAUCAGACAUCAUUUAAACGUCCCAAGGGGCAGGAACGUAAACGUCCCGUACCCGAGUCAUCGGUGGCCGCCUAUCAACCGUUUUCUUCGACACAAAACGAUGUGGCCCAGGAGACAAUUAUCAGUGAAAUUAUCAAAGAAGAGCCGCGUAUGCAAAAUCUCUAUCAACAUUUUGCCUCUGAACGUGAUCGCGAGGAACGUGGACUGGGUGAUAAAAAUAACCCAUUGGAUUCACAGGGCGAUAAACCGCGGGCCGGCAAUACAAUUUUUGUUUCCGGCAAUAAGGUGACGGAGGAGUUCCUGAAGAAAACAUUCAAUGAUUAUGGUACCAUUGUCAAUGUGUCCAUGGAAAUUGAAAAGAGUCGCGGUUUUGUCACCUUUGCCAAACCGGAGUCCGCAGACCGUGCCAUAGCCGAAAUGCAUGGCAAAAAUGUCAAUGGCAUCAAUCUGCAGGUGCAACUGGCUAGACGUCAGCCACAAAUUGAGCCCAUAAAUGAUGCUUCUUCAUCGGCCGUUUGGUCAUCAAUUGCUGCCAGUAAAUCACAAAAAGGUAGCCACAAAGAUCGCCGUGAAAUGGUCCAGUAUGAUGUAGAUUUUUUAAGUUAAGCAAGUACACAACAGAAUAUCUUCGAAAUAAGUCUAGUUAUAUAAUUAGAUGUAAGUACAUUUUGCUUUAUUAUUUUCUUCUUAAAAUUAUAACCUGCUAAGUCUUCAAAUGAA